CCCAACGCUGUGGGUCGGGUCGAUUUGAGGAAGUGUCGAAAGCGGAAGUAGCUGAGAGGUGGGGGAGUUAUUUGGAGAGAAUCGAGUUAUCUUAUCGCUCGGUGGGUUCGCGCCGCCCCAGCCUGAGUGUCAGGUAAAGCGCGUUCGUGAGACCUCGCCAGCCCUGCUGACGCGGCUUGAGCCGGCUCCCGACCCCGAACCUUAGCCUGAGGGGUUUGGUACCCGGUGCUCCGAUUCUUACCUGGGGUCCCGGUGGAGGUCCAGGGAGUCACUUGUCCGUCUCUUGGAGUGAGGCCCCGUCCGGCUUCCCGGGGUCCCCGUAGACCCUCGCCAUGGGCAACACGAGCAGCGAGCGCGCUGCGCUGGACCGGCAGGGCGGCCACAAGACGCCCCGAAGGGACAGCUCGGGGGGCUCCAAGGAUGGGGACAGGCCCAAGAUCCUGAUGGACAGCCCCGAGGACGCUGACCUCUUCCACUCCGAGGAAAUCAAGGCUCCGGAGAAGGAGGAGUACCUGGCCUGGCAGCACGACCUGGAAGUGAACGACAAGUCUCCAGCCCAGGCUCGGCCAACUGUGUUUCGGUGGACGGGGGGCGGAAAGGAGGUUUACUUAUCUGGCUCCUUCAACAAUUGGAGUAAACUUCCCCUCACAAGAAGCCACAAUAACUUUGUAGCCAUCCUGGAUCUGCCCGAAGGAGAGCAUCAGUACAAGUUCUUUGUGGAUGGUCAGUGGACACACGACCCUUCCGAGCCAAUAGUAACCAGCCAGCUUGGCACAGUUAACAACAUCAUUCAAGUGAAGAAAACUGACUUUGAAGUAUUUGAUGCUUUAAUGGUGGAUUCCCAAAAGUGCUCCGAUGUGUCUGAGCUGUCCAGUUCCCCUCCAGGACCCUACCAUCAGGAGCCUUACGUCUGGAAACCAGAGGAGCGGUUUAAAGCACCACCCAUCCUCCCGCCACAUCUUCUCCAGGUCAUCCUGAACAAGGACACAGGGAUUUCCUGUGAUCCAGCUUUGCUCCCUGAGCCCAACCACGUCAUGCUGAACCACCUCUAUGCGCUUUCCAUCAAGGACGGAGUGAUGGUGCUCAGCGCGACCCACCGGUACAAGAAAAAAUACGUCACCACCUUGUUGUACAAGCCCAUAUGAAGAGCAGAGCCAGCCGUGGGCCCCGGGAGCGGCGUGCACCACCAGGCUCCGCGCGUGCCUGCUUUCCGCUCGGCGGGGUGGACUGUCAAUUUCCCACCUCACCCUCUCUAUGAGACAUUCAUACCCGCCCUACUCCUACUUGAAGCUUUGUUGCAGACACAGCAGCUGCUGAAGCGUCUCAGGCUGUAACAGUCCCCUUCGCCCCCCGCGGCUGUGAGCCCCGGGGCUCAGAGGCUGAGGGUGGAGGAGGGGGAGCAGAUGGUCUGCAGCCCCCGCGCCGCAGUGCGGAGGACGCUGCGGGUCUAAAUUUACACCCUCUGCACUGAGCCUGGAGACUUCUCUUAAGCCAAAAAUGAACACUAGCCACUUUGCUAGUGGAAAUCUGGGAGGCAGGUGCCAAGGCCGCACAGAAUCUCUCAUCACAUGUGUGUUUGUCUUGACCUGUCCCUGCCGGGGCCUGGCCGUGGACCUCCCGGCGAGUACGGUGUUGGUCCUGCCUGUCCUCUGAAUUCAAAGCAAUAGAUCGUCUUCCAUUCCCUGCUCCGGGGAGGCGUAAUUUCUAUAGAAAUUAGAACCUAUCUGAUUUCCAGAUGAAGUUUUACAAUUGUUUCUUACACUGAUGUGCAUUAAGUAUUUUUUUUUUAACCAGAGGUGACUGACUAUACAGCCUUAGGGCAAUUUUUAAAUCACCCCACUAGACGAUAGAUGACGUGAACUGUGCUCAGCAAUAAUCUGUUCUCAGAGCAGACUUGGAAAACCACGGCCGGAUUUCUCUGUUAAGCUGGAAGGUCCUGUGGACUGACCACUGCUAGCUGGACGGUUGUCCAGCUUUUUAUUCGAAUAGCAAUGAGGUGACAGUGUUACCAUGAAAAUUUUGGAGUGGCGCCCUCGCCUAGCCUGUGCCACCUUGCUUGGGACCUCUUGUCCCAACUCAGCAAAGAAGGCUGUAGCAAUUGCUGUUGCUUAUUCUGAAAGGAAAUUAGGACUUGGAAGGAAUUAGAACUUGCGCAGCCUUCUGAAUCUGUGUCAGGAAGAAAUCCUUUAGACCAAAGCAAACCUCUCCACAUGGCUCAGUUUCCAGGGAGAUGCGGAGACGUGCGCAUUAGCAAGAUCCUGUCCCCAGGUCGGCAGAAGCUGUCGUCCUGCCCCGUGUUCCUGCUGGGAGACAGAGGAACAGGAUCCCUGAUGUUCAGUAUUUAUUUGGUGACCCUAAGUCCGGGAUACCCUUUUUUGUUAACCGUUUUCAAAACACUGAAUUACCGUCACCUUGAUGUACAGGUUUCAAUAAAGCUUUGUAAAGAUAACAGACAUGCACUUGGAGGAAGCUUUGAUUUCGUGCAGUGGUUUGGAGAAGAGCCUGGAGCUCUCCCCAGGGUAUAUAAGCAGUGCUUUUCAAUCUUUUUCCUGCCGUGGCAUACAUUGAAAAUGGUACCAUCCUUGUGGCACUCUGGGGUGAGUGGGCAGGGCAGCUCGGCUGGCUCCAGGCCUGGGCACCUUUCCCUGACCCACCUCUCCUGCACACAGAUUAGAAAGCUGUGCAGUUGAGCCCCUUGGCAGCGCUCAGUCAUGGCGGGGAGCUGAGGAGAGGCGGCAGUGAAGGCCUCCAGCUUGUGCAGGUGGGCAGCGUCCCCAGGCAGCGGUCUUGCUGUUUCUUGCUCGUUGACAAGCGCCACAGGGGAGCCUGGGAUCAAGACACCCACAUAGAAGACCCCCAGGUGUUCUGGAGUCUGCUGUUCUCACCAGCGAGAAGGGUCUCUGUCCCUCCUACCAAAAACAUGGAAGGUUACAGUGUCCUUUUAAUAAACUUUCUCUAGCCAGGCAUCAGGAAAUGUAAAUUUAGGAGAAAAGGGAACCCCUAGGGUCAUCUGAUCCACAUGAGGUGAAGUGUAGCUUAGAAAGCUUUCCUAGCUGGGUAAUUAGCUGUCUCACCCUGAAAACCCAGGUGAUGUGGGCGGUAUUAUUUAAGUAGACUAAGGAAAUAUGCAAAAAUCCUCUUUCCAAAACUGAAUAAAAAAAAUUUUUUUUUAGUUACUGAAGUAUAGUUGGUUUUACAAUAUUGUGUUAGUUUCAGGUCUACAGCAUAGUGCUUCAGUAUUUUUAUAGAUUGUAUUUCAUUACAGGUUAUAAAAUACAGGGUAUGAUUCCCUGUACUAUGCAGCACAUCCCUGUUGCUUAUCUAUUGUGUGUGUAGUAGUUGUUAAUCCUGUGCCCCUCAUUUGCCCCUUCCCUCCCUUUCCCCUUUGGUAACUGUAAUUUUGUUUUCUGUGUCUCUGAGUCCAUUUCUAUUUUGUGUAGACAUCCAUUUGUAUUAUUUUUAGAUUCUACAUAUGAGUGAUAGCAUGUAGUACUUAUUUCACUAAGCAUGAUAUUCUCUCCAGGUCCAUCCACGUUGCUGCAAAUGGCAAUAUUUCAUUGUAUGUGUGUGUAUAUCUUAAGUCAGUUGUCUGUUGAUGGACACUUGGGUUGCUUUCAUGUCUUGGCUACUGUAAGUAGUGCUGCUGUGAACAUUGGGUGCACGUAUCUUUUCAAAUUGGUGUUUUUGGUUUUUUCUGGAUAUAUACCCAGGAGUGGAAUUGCUGGAUCAUGCAGUAGUUCUAUUUUUAGGUUGUGUUUUUUGGUUUUUGGUUUUUUUUAGGAGCCUCCAUACUGUUUUCCAUAUUUGCUGCACCAGUCUACAUUCCCACCAACAGUGUAGGUUUCCCUUUACCCUAUACACUCUCUCCAGCAUUUGUUAUUCGUAGAC